CACUAGAAGGAGACCCGGGGAGGUGAGAGUCGGGAAUCAGUCCUGCGAGCUACGGAGUCACUACAGGGAGAGGUCUCAUCACUAGAAAUAGCCGAGGAACCUGCAACCUUAACCUGCGUUAAGGAGGACGCACCGUUCCCAGGGGAGGCUUAGCCGGGGCUCCCCAACUUCCUCCAUUUUCUGGCCGGCUCCAGGAAUAGAACCAAAAGAAGCUGAACAAGGAAGCAGUGCGGCACCAAGAAAAGCAGAAGUCAGGGCCUUGGAGUCGUGACUGUCCCCUCGGGUCCGGCUGGGACCUGGCGCUGCAAGUGCCGCCUGUGCUGGGGAAGGGACCAUGUGGCUGCCUUGGGCUCUGCUGCUUCUCUGGGUCCCAGGCUGUUUUGCUCUGAGAGGCCCCAGCACCGUGGACGGCCCCGUGGGGGGAUCCCUGAGCGUGCAGUGUUGGUAUGAGGAGGAACACAAGACUCUCAACAAAUACUGGUGCAGACCACCACGGGUUCUCCGAUGUGCCAAGAUUGUGGAGACUGAAGGGCCAGCAGGAAAAAUGAACGGCCGAGUGUCCAUCAUGGACUGUCCUCAAAACCUCAGCUUCACAGUGACCUUGGAGAACCUCACAGAGGAGGACGCAGGCACAUACUGGUGUGGGGUGGAUACACCGUGGCUCCAAGACCUUCAUGAUCCCUAUGUCCAGGUUGAGGUGUCCGUGUUCCCAGCAUCAACGUCAAUGACACCUACAAGCAUCACUGCAGCCAAGACUUCAACAAUCACAACUGUGUUUCCACCUGUAUCAUCUACUUCCCUGUUUGCAAUGAGUGCCACCCACAGUACCAGCAACUGGAAGGAAAAUGAGGAGGUCGUGAGCUCACAGCUCCCGCUGCUCCUCUCCCUGUUGGCAUUGUUGCUGCUUCUGUUGAUGGGGGCCUCCCUGCUAGCCUGGAGGAUGUUUUGGAAACGGAUCAAAGCUGGUGAGCAUUCGGAGCUGUCCCAGAACCCCAAGCAGGCUGCCGAGCAGAGUGAGCUGCACUACGCGAAUCUGGAGCUACUGUCGUGGCCUCUGCAGGAAGAGCCAGCACCACCAAGAGAGGUGCAGGUGGAAUACAGCACCGUGGUUUUUGUCUGUGACCCGCUGUGGGUCAACCCUUGGGCGCAGCCACCUUCAACUGGAAUAACAGGAUGGGGGCUGCCUCCCUGGGUCAUGACUCACCUACUAGUGGGAGAGUUCAAGCAGAAGCUGCGGGUCACUUGGCAGAGAGGAUCGGGAGAGAUGCCGCCCCCAGGGAAGAACUUCACUAUGCCUCGGUGGUGUUUGAUUCUAACACCAACAGGAUAGCUGCUCAGAGGCCCCGGGAGAAGGAACCAGAUUCACAUUACAGUGUGAUAAAGAAGACAUAGGCCUUUGUCCUGCCUCACUGUCCGGAGGUCUCAUGGCUCCCAGGAAGUCCAGGGAUGGCUCCCUUAUCCCUGGCCCACGUCCUCCUCAGCCUGCUCUCGACGACAGUGACCAACAGACAGGCAGCUGGGUUUCCCAGGCUGUCCCUCUGUUGCCAUCAGCUCGACUGGCUUCCCUGAGGGCCAGCAGGGCUGGGGACUCCGGGGAGCAGCAGGAAGCACUCCCAGUCACCAGCACCUGUCGCCCCUUUCUCCUUUGCCCCUGCUUCAUCCCGGCUCUGUGUGUGGAGGACAAAGAUGCUUCGCGUGGCUCCAGGAAAAGAUGUGGCUCACGUAGGUGGCACCUGCCAAUAGCUUUGUCAAUCACAGUCCCACAGGAAUGUCUGGAAUUGCUUGGGAGCUGGGGAGAACUGUCAAGAAGAGCCAAGAGAGUGCCAAAGUGGAGAUCUAUUCACAUGGGGGCCAUGGCGGGGGGACCCACUAAAGAUCAAGAUCAAAGAUCCUCCCCACCUCACAGACAAGGAAACUGAGGCCAGAGGGAGGAGAGAAUUGCUCAUGGCUCCAGGACUGGUGGCAAGUUUCUCUGGACUCCUAGAUUUAUUUUUAAUAUGAGAUAUAAAAACAGUUUCAAAUAUCUUAUUAAGGGAGAAGUAAAAAGUUAUUUAAACAAUG